CCCCAAGGCAGCAGUCGUAAUCACUCCAAUUGCACUCACGCCCAACGCCCGCCACUCGACGCCGCCAUGCUUUCAUCCGCGCACUCGUAUGCGCACAAUGCUGAGCCAGGACCAGGACCCAAGAGUAGAGCAGCAGCAGCAGAGGCGCAGGCGGCCGCCACUACCACAUCGCCGCGGCGUAUGGGCGGACGCAGCAGCAGAUCGAGGAGAGGGGCCACGCUGGCAAAGGCAGGACUGGUAGCGGCCGCUGCGCUAGUAAACGGCGUGGCGGCAGGGCCGCGUAAUAAUGUGACUUCGUUGGCGGGGACGUGGAGCACGGGGAGCGGGGCGGUCAAUACGGGUUUGGGCUUCUACAAUCCCGGAAAUACGACGUUCAACGCACCAACAAACGCAGGCCAGUCCUACUCGUUCACAGACGACGGCAAGUGGGAGCAGGCCCUCUACCUCUACGAGAGCAAUCCAGGCAACCCGGGCUGCGUACAGGCUCAGCUCAUCUGGCAGCAUGGCACAUACACGAUAGCGGCAAACAACUCGAUCAUCCUCAAGCCCUACCCCGGUGACGGCCAGCAACAGAUCUCCUCACGCUGUGCGCAGACCUCCAACGUGGUUACGUCGUACAACCAGCAGGAGCUCAUGCAGGGCUGGGAAAUCCACCUCGCAAUGCACUACGGUGUCCCCUCGUACUACCUCCAGCUCUACGAAUUCGACGGCACCCCCAAGCCAAUCAUGUGGCAACGAUACAACCCACCGUCGAUGUUGCCUACGCAGCAGCUUCACUUGGAGAUUAUCGGUCAGACGGCGGAUUGAGGGACGCAAGCAGGACGGACAUGAUGCACACUCGCUCGCACACACUCACACUCACACACUCACGCAUACGGACAACUACCCCCUUUUUCGCGCCCCCCUCCCCCCCUGUUCAUACAAAGCCACGCCGCUCUGGAUCUCGCCCUCCCCUGCCCUACCCCGCCCCGCCCUCGUGCGGGCUUACGAAUGGAAUCGGA